CCGACUCCCUUCAGUCAGAGCUAGGAUGGCGCAGGCGUCGGCUGUUCCCUUUGUGCUGCUGCUCCUGCUGGGUGCCUCCACGGCGAUGCCGGGGGGCGCCCGGGAGGUGGACGUGCGGAGCGGCCAGGCCCGCGAGGCGGCUCGCUUCGCCUUGGCCGAGACUUUCCAGAGCGACAAGGCGGGCUCCGGAGGUGGCCGUCGCCUUUGGACGCUGCGCUCAGCCCAGACCCAGGUGGUGAAUGGAAUCAAGUACUACCUGGAUGUGACUAUGCUGCAGAGCAGUCAGUGCAGUGGGAAGCAGGCUGCGGGGCAAGAUGCUCCUAGUUGCCUCACUCCAGAGGAGCCAGAACAAAUGUCAUGUCACUUUCAGGUCUGGAGCCAACCCUGGGCAAACAGGAAGAGGCUGGUGAAGCAAGAGUGUCGCCUGGCUGAGCCAUCGGAGGUAGUCCACGCAGCAAAACUGGGGGAGUGGGAAGUGUUCCGUCCGAAGGCACCUGCCAAGGAAGUCGAGGAGUUAGCUCAGGAAGAGAGGUUUCUGCAGAAUGCCUCCACCCACCUGGUUCCCCUCUUCAAGGAGUUCUUGUCAACUUAUGAGAAGAGCUACAAGGACAAGCAAGAAACCGAGAGGCGUUUCCGGAUCUUUGCAGAGAAUCUGGAGAAGGCCCAGCUAAUUCAGGAACUGGAUCAGGGCACGGCAGAAUACGGUGUCACCAAAUUCAGUGAUCUGACAGAGGAGGAGUUCCGCUCUAUGUACUUGAACCCGCUGCUGUCCCAGCUGCCUGGUCGGCCAAUGAAAGCAGCCACCAUCCCUAAUGAUCCACCCCCUGAAGCAUGGGAUUGGCGGGACCAUGGGGCUGUCACGGGUGUCAAGAACCAGGGUUCCUGUGGCUCCUGCUGGGCCUUCUCUGUGACGGGCAACGUGGAAGGGCAGUGGUUCCUCCGCAAUGGCACUUUGGUUUCCCUCUCUGAGCAAGAGCUGCUGGACUGUGACUCUGUAGACAAAGCCUGCGGAGGAGGACUUCCAUCCACGGCCUACGAGGCUAUCGAAGGGCUGGGCGGCCUGGAGACAGAGCGCGAUUACAGUUACGAGGGGUUCGCGCAGAAGUGCGGCUUCUCCAAGGAUAAGGUGGCCGUUUACAUCAAUAGCUCCAUAGCAAUCUCCCGGGAUGAGACAGAGAUCGCUGCCUGGCUGACUAAGAACGGCCCUAUCUCCAUUGCUCUGAACGCCUUUGCCAUGCAGUUCUACAGGAGGGGAGUUUCCCACCCCUUCUUCCUGCUCUGCAACCCCUGGAUGAUUGACCACGCAGUCCUCUUGGUGGGCUACGGCACACGGGGCCGUACUCCAUUCUGGGCGAUCAAGAACAGUUGGGGAGAGAACUGGGGAGAGAAGGGCUACUACUACCUGUACCGUGGCAGCCACGCCUGUGGCAUGAACUCAAUGUGCAGUUCUGCAGUGAUAGAGUAAGCCUCUCGGGCCCCUUGGCUGCCUCUGGUCCAAAUCAUCAACUUGCUGGCUUUCCACCCAGCACCAAGAUGAAGAUCGGAGCACCUUCCCUGUACAUAAUUCCGACCCUGUUUACCAAUUUCCCUUUCCAAAUAGCCCUGGUUAGGCCUAGUGCAUAACUGAGAAGACCUGGCCCCUGCUUCUGCCUGCUGCUAUGAAUGGUAGAGAUUGGAGGUAGCAUGUCCUAGGAUAGGACCUUAACCUUGCUGAGAUCCUUCAACCAGGCCAGGAUUGUGUUUAAAGGGUGCUCCCCUUUCCAGUAGGAGCAGAUUCCUUUCCCCAACCCUCAGUGAAGGGGUACUUGGUGCCUGGGCAGAUGCACAGAGGAUGGUGAAGGGGACUUGCUCCUCUGAAAUGGUUAGGUCAUCAGCUGCUGCUCGCUGUGAGCUUCCUCUUUUACCUUGGUCCAUCUUGAGCUGCUUUUGGAAGGCAGACUGGGAAUUGGAGCUGGGGAGGAAGGGGCAGCGAUCGAACUACCAGCUCCCAUCCCAACACCCUCUCCAAAAAGCAGGUCUCAUUACUGUUUCCUAACCAUGGGCCUCUUAAAUUUGGGCCAUAGCUCAGUAGAAGAGCACCCACUUUGCACGCAAAAGGUCCCAAACAGUUAUAGAAUCUCAUACAGUCCUGGAAUUGUAGAGUUGGAAGGGGACCCAAAGGGUCAUUUAGUCCAACCCUCCAAUCCUCAGGAGGCAGGGCUAGGGAAGGCCCCUCUCAAGUUGAAGAGCUGCUGUGUAGAUGGACAGCAGACAGUCUGACUUGCUCUAAGGCCAGCUUCCUGUCUCCAUACAACUUCGGGAACUAGCUAGCAUUUAAGACAAGAUGCUCCAAUGAACUUCACAACUCACACAAGCCCCCUUAAAUAAGUGCAGGUGAAUUUUCCCUCCGUUGUGGAGACGAGGGGAGCACAUUUAACACGCUUAUUUCCCAGGAAGUCAGGGGCUGCUUCUUUUUGCACUCUCCAAGUCUUCCCGCCCCCCUUAGGAAUUGUAGCACUGAUAAAUGCCCCCCCCAAUGGGGUACCCUUGUUUCCGUUAGCUCAAGUCUUCCUCUGCUUCUGGAAGACUUGACAUGGUGGAGUCACAGCCAUGCAAGACAGUCUUGCCUGGGGCUGGGCGGCUCCGCUAGCCUGUAGGGAAAGUAACCAUUCCAGUAUUGGUCAGCUUUUGCACUUAGAUGCCAUGAAGCCCUUCUCCCUGCACCCACUACAAAAAAAGAGGUCAAACCCAGCCCACAUUUUUUUUAGCUUUAGCUGACCUGUAUUAAUGUUUGUUGCUAGAAUGGAAAUGUUGGUGGAAGGUUUGACGGCAAUGCUGAGAGGUGAUCCCUAGCUUGGUCAGUCCUAAGCACCACCUACAAUGCAAAAGACCUUCUCCUCCAAGGAAUCCUACUUGAGUAUUCCUCCCCCCCCCGCACCGUUGCACUGAAGGCUUUUGAGGAGUGGAUGGCAUAACUAGCACUUGCAAAAUGGUUGCUAUAGAACAGGCAUCCCCAAACUUUGGCCCCCCCAGAUGUUUUGGACUACAAUUCCCAUCAUCCCUGACCACUGGUCCUGUUAGCUAGGGAUCAUGGGAGUUGUAGGCCAAAACAUCUGGAGGGCUGCAGUUUGGGGAUGCCUGCUAUAGAAAGUGUUUUUCCUUUGAUUGCUGCUCUGAACACCCCACCCCACCCUGAAAAAGCUGUUUCCCCUUAAGGGACUCAAAUCUCAGCCAGAAUGGCUUGAAAGUGGCUGCAAAAAAAAAAGUGUUUCUGGAAGACGCAGCUACUCAGGUGGCUGUGCCUUCUGUCUGUUACUUAAAAGAUGCAGCCUUUGGUGUUUCUGUAAUUUGCACACUAAUAAAUAUUGAUGGACUCUGAACUAAAGUGUCGUGUGUGUUUCAGGGGUGAGGGCAGUGUGACGCCUGGAGUCUUGAGGGAGGGAGACUAGGUUUACCUCCUGCUAAGUACUCCUGAGCAGGUCUUGCCAGCAUCCUUCCAAGGCGGAUGAGAGACAAAGGGGGUGAGAAAUCAUCAGAACAGGCUUAUCUCAGAGGCAGUGCUUUUUUUUCUUUAAACAAACGUUCAGGGGUACUCUCAUUUUCUUACUCAUAUUGAAAUACUGCCCCUCAAUGAGGCCAAACUUAGAUUCACAGAAUGUUUAGGGUAUGCAAAUGGCCAGGAAAAAAAAACACUGCUCAGAGAAGUGGUGUCAGCAUUGACACUGACUUCCAACAAGAUUUCGCUGGAAAUUUACACAAAUGCCAGGGGCGGGAAGGUUGUCC